GGUUGUUGAAGGCGAACGUGAAGUGAAUAAAGUAUAGUAAAUAGAAUGUAAGUUAUGGCUGCCUCGUCGCGAUCGGGAUUGCUUGAUUACUACACAAAAGAUGGCUGGAGACGUGUGUUUGUCACCUUGGACGAAGAGACUCUCACUCUAAACGCAGAAGACUCUUCAAAAUCAUCAAAUUCAAGUAGUUUAUCGUCAAAAGAUGGCGACACGGUAGGCUUACCCGACGAGAAGAUCCCUCCCGAAUCAAUUUUAAAUCAAGUUCGCAAAGUUCGUGUGAUCAAACAAGAAGUGGGCGGCCUAGGUAUAUCAAUAAAAGGUGGCAAAGAGAACAAAAUGCCCAUUCUCAUUUCAAAAAUCUUCAAGGGACUAGCAGCUGAUCAGACAGAUGCCCUGUACGUUGGGGAUGCUAUUUUGGCUGUCAAUCAAGAAGACUUGCGGAAUGCAACGCACGAUGAAGCCGUACGCGCGCUCAAGCAGGCCGGUCGCGAAGUUGACUUGACUGUGAAAUAUCUCAAAGAAGUUACACCGUAUUUUCGUGGCUCUAAAAGUAGCGAGUCUAGCACGAGCAAUGCUGUGAGCUCGCCGCCUCAAAAUUGGCCCGAAAUAAAAUCCAUAAAUUUGAAACUUUCCUAUGUGUCGAGGUACAUUCCUGCGAAGGUUCAAGGUGCAGAAGGACGAAGUUUUGAAAUUUUUAGUUCAGAUGGCAGAUCUGCAUGCAUAUUGAGAUGUAACGACGCGGCAUCUGCCCAGCAAUGGUACAGUGUUAUUCAUACUAAUGUUUCACGCCUCAUAGAACCUGCGAUAGAUGAAGCUAAUGUCAUACUAAGUGGGUCACCAGGCAAUAGGGAAAUACACACUAUGGGCUGGCUUAGUGAGCAAGUUUAUGUUGGCGGCGACAGCCCUAAACCGGAAUGGAAGCCAGUUUUUUUGGCAUUAACAGAUAAAGAUAUGUUACUAUAUGAUGCUGUUGCAUUCACAUUAGAGGAAUGGGCAUCACCUUUUAUGAGUCAUCCAUUGUUAGCAACCAGAUUAGUGAACUCAACUGGAACCUCAUCAGAACGCUUGAAUUCACCAGAUUUGACGUUUGGAACAAGAACAGGCUCACGGAAAGGUGUGGAAGCUCAUCUAUUUCGAGCGGAAACACCGCGUGAACUGGCUCAUUGGUGUCGUAGUAUUAUUGAAGGAGCCCACAGCGCGGCUGCUUUAAUCAAAGAAAUAAAUUGUGCGGUGACGUGGCACAAUCAGGAAACUCGUCUUACAAUUCAUUAUGAGAAUGGUUUCACCCUAACUGACGCGAGGUCAGGAAUAGAUUCUUCAGGAAAGUCCCAAAUUUUAUGGUCCUUCCCGUUUGAUCGUUUAAAGAUGUCUGCCGAUGACGGACAACGUUUGCUCUGGCUUGAUUUUGGUGGAGAUGAAGGAGAACAGGAACUAGAUCUUCGUGGAUGUCCAAAGCCAGUUGUUUUCGUCUUACAUACAUUUCUCUCCGCCAAAACCGCUCGUCUGGGACUAUUCGCAUGACAGUACGCACGCCAUUUUCACUGAAUGGUCGUUUUCACUGUCCUAACAAAUAUUGACGAUAAAAGUAUUAUAUAAUAUGGUUAUUUUAUUACACGAAUUCUUAUACUA